UCCAGUCCCCUGCACGGCACUAUGAUGUGUGACCGCGGCUCCUAUUUCCGCUAUCCCGAGAUCUGCAACUUCGCCUGCGACCGAGGCUAUGAGCUGACUCUCGCAGACAGCCGUGAGAUACACUGUCAAACUGAUGCAACAUGGUCAGGAAACAAUGCUGAAUGCAUCGCUGUGAAAUGCCCUGACCUGUCCAGCCCGAUGAACGGAAGAAUGGCAUGCAAUAGCGGCUCCUAUUUUCGCUAUCCAGAGGUCUGCAACUUCGCCUGUAACCCAGGCUAUAAGCUGACUCCCACAAGCAGCAGCGCGAGGCAAUGUCAGGCUGACGCAACCUGGUCUGGCAACAACGCGGAGUGCAUCGGUGUGCAGUGUCCUGCUCUGUUCAGACCCACCAAUGGAAGAAUGUCCUGUAACCAUGGAUACUCCUUCCGCCAUCCCGAGACCUGCACCUUCACCUGUAACCAUGGUUACCACCUGUCUUCCGGCAGCUCCAGUCGCACCUGCCGGGCUGAUCGCACGUGGUCUGGCAGCGCUGCCAGAUGCACGGGUGAUCGUGUUUUAACCCAGGGCUGGGGUACGGGUAUCGAGACCUUUGGUCCGGGUAGUUUUUAGCCCGGGUACAAUCCGGGUUCGCUCUUAUGCUCGCUUCUGCUACCCGUCUGGAGA